AUGCACAAAGAGCAAGAGAACAGCCGUCCUGAGUGUCCUGACCACACACUCCACCCCUACGCACCCUACACGACCCUUAUCAUCUCCGUCCGGCCCUCUUCCGAGACACCCCCGGGGUCAGACAUUGCCAAACGUGCCCUCGGGGACAACACUGCCCUCAGAACCAAUGGAUUAGGUCAUAAUAGCUUGCUUACUGGGCCACUCACUUCUGAGCCCAAGGCGCCUUUUAAAAAGUUCAACUACACUGAGUCUACCACGCUCACAGAAAAACCAGACCACGAGGAGAGUCACCGUGAGGUGCUUCUGUACCCAGUACCAGCUGAGGUCCCAGCUGAGACUCAUUCGCAUCAGACAGUUAUUCAGUACUUCCUCCCCCACGUUAACGCUGUAUCCUUCAAAGACACCAUGAAGUCCCAGAGCAUCUACAGGGGCGCUCAGCUCCCGCGUCCUCGGCCCCGGUGGUGGCUGCGCUCCGACUCACCUCCAGGGCGUCCCCAACACCGUCCGGGCGUCCCAUCGCCGCCGCCGCGUUCCCCUUGCUCUGAGCCGUGGCAGCAUAGCGCCAGAAACGAUUCCGAAUCUGUAAAAUCGGCCCCAACUCGCUUCCCAGCUUCAAACCGCUCAGAAAACGGCUUCUUUCCCAAAAAUGGCGUCGCUCAAGUUUCUUUGCUCCGUGAGGAUGCAACUCAACUUUCUCUCGCGCUGCCCAAACCGCGGAAACUGCAAACUCUCAUAAGUCAGCCUUUCCCUAGCCGAACCCAUCAAAAGACAUCCGGCGCUCCGUCGCUGCCGCCUAGAGAAGCGCGCUGUCCCGGGUUCCAGGGAAGGAACCUUCCCGCUAAUUAUUUAGUGGUGCCCGCGCGCCCCUCGCGGCCAGCGGGUGAAUCACUGAAAUUCUCAAAGGCCCAGAUCUAUUUGUUAGUGGCAGGAGUGAUACUCUGCUCCAUCCCUGCUCGCCCUCUUGGCUGGAACUUGCCUUGGAUCCAGAGCCUACAGAACAGGGAAUUCUUCAUACUUUUGAGACAGAUGAAGAAGAUCCCGUUUCAGUCAUGCCUAGAGGACAGAACCGACUUCAAAUUUCCUUGGAAAACAGGGAAUAUCACAGAAAUCCUGACGACUCAAGGCACCGGCUACCACCAUCUGACGCUCCAGCAGAGUAACUUCUUCAACAAGGAGGAAAGCCAAGCUGCUUGGAACAACACCCUACUCCAUAAACUACCCUCUAGCCUUGAUCACACCUUGGAACUACUGCAUAAGCCAGUGGAAAAUGACAAUCUGGACUGUCCAUAUUUGGGAAUUGUUGUCCCGAAAUAUUUCCAAAGAAUCCAUCUCUAUCUGAAGGAAAAGAAAUACAGCCCCUGUGCCUGGGAGGUUAUCAGAGGAGAAAUUAAAGUGUUCCUUCUCUCAUGUAAUAAUUCUCCAAUUACUGUCAACAAAUAAAGAAGAAAGGUACACCUGUGACACUUCUACUCAAAUGAUUAUUGUCUGUUUAGUCCUCUAAGAUACAUCCACUCAUGUUUCUGCACAUGUUGAAAAAUAUCUGAAGUGUCACGAGUUUACAAAAAUAUAUUUACAAAGAAGAACACAAUCUAUUUUCUUAUACAAGUAAUUUUACAAUGUGCUUUCUAAAAUCUGUGUAACUUCUUGGAGGGUAUUUGGAUUUCCAACUAUGACGUUUAUUUUAAAAUGGAAAGGUUGUUAGCAUAGUAUGCUGUUCAAGACAUUUGUCAGUUAAUUUCAUGCUAGCUGCUGUCACAGAGAAACAGAAAGAUGUCAGUAAUUGGGUCAGCAUAGAAAUUUAUCUUUCCAUCCUUAAGAGAAAAAUGCAGGCAUUCCUAAUCAGAUGAAUUUUCUAGCUGGCCUCCUCUAAACAGUGAUGUAGGGACAUGGGUGCCCUCUAUUGUGUGGCGUUGCUCUAUUCAACGUGUGAUUUCCGAUUUGUGGUGUGUGAGUCUAUUCCACUCAGUGGUAAAGGAAAAAGUAUGGGGAUUACAUGGGAUGUUUUCAAGGGCCAAGACAGUAUAGGGCAAUAUCACCUCUGCCCACAUUAGUUGGCCUGAAUCUAUUAUCAUGGGAAUCUAAGUGCAAAGAAGUUAUUGGGCGACUAAUGGAAGAGGAGACAAGUUCAAUGAA